GUGUCGCCUCUGACUCCCCAUUCUAGCCGCACCCCUGGGCCCAUGGCCGCCUACCCCUACCACCUGGGCCCCGGGACUGGCCCAAGCCCCGGCCCACCCGUGGGCGCGGCACUGCCGGACCAGAGCUUCCUGUGGAACGUCUUCCAGAGGGUUGAUAAAGACAGAAGCGGGGUGAUAUCUGACAAUGAACUUCAGCAAGCACUCUCCAAUGGCACCUGGACUCCAUUUAAUCCUGUGACUGUCAGGUCAAUCAUAUCAAUGUUUGACCGUGAGAACAAGGCUGGUGUGAACUUCAGCGAGUUCACGGGCGUCUGGAAGUACAUCACAGACUGGCAGAAUGUCUUCCGCACCUACGACAGGGACAACUCGGGGAUGAUUGACAAGAACGAGCUCAAGCAAGCACUUUCAGGUUUUGGCUACCGGCUCUCUGACCAGUUUCAUGACAUCCUCAUUCGCAAGUUUGACAGACAAGGACGGGGACAGAUCGCCUUUGACGACUUCAUCCAGGGCUGCAUCGUCUUGCAGAGACUGACAAAUAUAUUCAGACGCUACGAUACAGAUCAGGACGGCUGGAUUCAGGUGUCAUAUGAACAGUAUCUCUCCAUGGUCUUCAGCAUCGUAUAACACUGUCCUUUUAUAAAUAGCAACAUGACUUACGGAAAAAAAAGACUGAAAAUGCCAAAUCUCUUACCGUUAGUGAAACGGAGCACAAAUGCAGUUGUCUUUAUAUAGUUAAUAUUUGGGGACCCAACUGUACAUAUGUGGAUAAUCUGAUUAACAUUUUUGCAGUUG